AUGGAUGAAGAGUCGGCAAUGAAAAUGGUAGCGCAGGCGGCGCUGGUGUCUCAGAAAGUUCGAGAGGCACUUCAGGCUUCUCUGCCUGUUGCUACCGAGCAAUUGAUGACGGUCCAGAUUCCUGGUACUAUUAUCGAUACAACUGAUCCAGGUCCGUUCGUUUGGAACUCGAAGGAAGAAUCUGAUACGCCGCAUCGCAUCAAAGUCAACGAGUCUCGGCUGGUGGACAACAUGGUUCCCCUGAGCAAAGUUAUGAUGGGCGUGACUGGAAAGAGCGUCUCUAGAAGUUAUGCUGCUGCUCUUGACAUGCUGAUUCCUGAGGAUGCUCCAAUCGAAACCGACAAAUCGACAGCUACAAAGACUGCUGCUGCCGAUCGAUAUGUUGCAGCAAUGAGAUAUCUGACAUCAACAGCUCCUAACUCCAGCAAGUCUGUGAUUGACGUCUAUGUUGAGAAGCAACAAGCCUACUCUGAAGCGAUGAACAAGUGGGAAGCAGCCAAAGCUAAGGCUCGCUCUGAUGCCAAGGAACGAUUUCCCGGUAACGUCAAGGAGCAGCAGAGAUUCUAUGACGAUUGGAAUCAGGAGACUUUUCGCAACUUCAAGAAUAAUGCUCAGGCCAAAUACAUGGACUGGAUCGUAAACGGUAGCAAGUACAAAGUCGAUUACUACUUUGGCAUCGUCGACGUCUCAUCCGCAAUGAAGAGGGUGGAGUCGAGCAAGGAAGCUGCUCGUAACCUUGUGGUGAUCGACCCCGAUGGCUCCACAGAAUGGCAAGAGGUUCACCUCACGCCCGCCAACUGGGCAACACUUUGUAAGGAGAAGGUCGAUCAAUGGCAGGCACAGAACGGCCAGCUGAGUCGCAAAGACUUCGAGUCUGAGAUCAAGCGCUUGAACCGACUGUUACUGUCUUACGAAGGCCUUAAGAAUUCUGUCGACCCGGAUGAGACGAUUCGAAAGCAGAUUAAAGCAGCAGCAACAACCCAAAACGGAACCGAGAACAAGACUGAAGGAACUAGCGACGGAAAUACCGAAGGUGGUAGCGAGGGUUCCAAGUCGAUUGACAAAGCGGCCGCCGAUACAGAAGGGAAGUUGACCAAAGCCUACAAGGAACUUUAUGAUGCACAGAACGCAUUCCCACCAGAUCCUCUCGUAACUCGAGCAAAGCAAGAUCAACUUCAGGAUGCCCUUGAGGAGAAUGGGAAGGAAAAUCUGAAAAAUAACAAGGAUCUUGCCUCUAAAUUAUCCAACAAGAGCAAGAAGGAGAAGGUUCUUUGGAUUAACAGCAUGAUUGCUGACGUUAACAGCCAGCUUGAGCUACUCAAAAAGGGACUUGAGGAGUUCCACAAGGCUAGCACAUCGGCGCCAGCCAUCACUGAGAUUAUCAAGAGAGAUGUUAAGGACCCCGGCCAAGACAAUGGGGGAGAGCUCAUCUCAACACAGUACGCAGAAGCUGAUGGCCAGUAUGCGGAUCCUAAAUUCAAUAUACCUCGCAAAGGAGUCGCCGUUGCGCAGCCAAACAAAGUUGAACCAAGCAAAUGGACAAAGAUCAGUCUGAGCGUCUCUUCAUCCUCCCAGUCGAGCUCCAAGGAAACAUUUGCUUCCACCACGUCAGCCAGCGCUAGUGCUUCCGGAUGGUGGUGGAAUGCUUCCGCCAGCUUCAACCACUCCGAGGCGUCCAUGAAAGCUUCCAACGCAACCUCCAACUGCGCAGUGGACAUUAAGUUUGAGGCUCUUCUGGUGACAAUUGACCGUGCUUGGCUGCAUGGCGAAUUGUUCUCAGACCCCGAACUUAACACUGGCGAUGACGUGAAGCUGUCGCCUGGCGCCCUCGACCUACACAAGCUUAUCGAUCAAAAGAACGACAAGGCUUUGGCCAACUAUCCCUAUUUCCCGUCGUACCCUACUGCUUUCAUCGUGGCGUCUAAUGUCGAGCUCGAAUUCCGGGGCGACACCUCGGCGCUGGAAGAGGCCGUCGAGUCCUCUCACACUGAUGCCCAGGUCAAAGUAGGCUAUGGACCAUUCAGUCUCAGUGCUAGUCACAGUCAGGACAAAUCGAGUGCCAAAACAAAGAUGGAGACUACAGCGACGGGCACACGCAUUACUUUGGAGGCCCCCGCCAUCAUUGGCUGGGUUAGCCAGCUUGUGCCCCAGCUGCCGCGCCCUAAAGGAGGAAGUUCGUUGAUAGGCCCGAUGGUUUGAGUGAAACUUCCAAAUAGGUUCAUAUUAUUUCUGUUGAUUAAAUACAUCUUUGACUGUGCC